UGGCGCUGCUAGAUGUAACCAGUGAGCACUGAACGGCUGCGUCAGAGGUUGUGUUGUGACGUUGCAGUUCUCGGGGCCGUUCGGAAGCAUUCGGAAGAGUUCGCUGGUUGCGUGAACAUCAUGGCGUCAGGAGCAGGAGAUUCGUCAAGCGGACACGACGCAGAAUUGGACGAAUUACUGGACAGUGCGUUGGAUGAUUUUGAUAAAGCGUCUGCUGCUUCAGCGCCUGAACCUGCAGCUGCUUCAUCUUCUGUUAGUAGCGGGGCAGAAAAGCCUCCUCUAUUAGAGGAUAGCAAACUUUUUGAGAACCUGUUUGAGGGGGACAUGGCGGCCCAGGCCAGGGAAGAGUUUGAGAAAGCCAUGUCUGAACUCGCUGAGGAGGAAUCAGAACUCCUGCAGCACUUCCACAAACUCUCAGAGGCUGCAGGAAAAGUUGGCACUGAUACUGCCUCCCAGCAAGAGUUCACCUCCUGUCUUAAAGAAACUCUUCGUGGCCUGGCCAAGAAUGCAGACAACCUGCAGUCGUCUGGUUUGGCUGGAGAUGACCUGGUGAAAGCUCUGGAGGGUUUGGGGCUUGAAGAAGGCAGCGACGGAGGAGGUGAAGAUGGAAACAUCCUCCCCAUCAUGCAGUCCAUCAUGCAGAAUCUCCUCUCUAAAGAUGUCCUCUAUCCGUCUCUCAAAGAGAUCACCUCCAAGUAUCCAGAGUGGCUGGAAACAAACAAGUCAACCCUCAGUGCUGAGGAUCACCAGCGCUACCAGCAGCAGGCGAAGAUCAUGGGAGACAUCUGUAAGCUGUUUGAGAACGAGGAACAGGAGGCAGAGGAUAAAGAGCGGACGUUCGAGAGCAUCAUGGAUCUGAUGCAAAAGCUGCAGGAUCUUGGCCAGCCACCUAAAGAGUUGGCAGGCGACACGCCUUCCGGCUUUGCCUUUGACAUGGACUCCCUCAACCUGCCGGGAGUGGGCGGGGCCGGGGCAGCGGAGCAAUGCUCCGUCAUGUGAUGAAGUGGUGCGGCGGUCCGUCUGAAGAUCUGAAGCCAAACGGUUCCUCUGUGUGUGUUUCAGCAGCAGGGAGGACUUUAGAGAGUGAAAUGCGGGUCAGGAAGGAGUGAGAUCAGAACGCAGGUUCUGUUCAUAGAAAGGUGUGUGUGUAAAAACAACUGAACGGAAACACCCAGAAGGAAACCCAAACACUCUCUAACACCAUCAAAGGUAUUUGUGAUAGUUAGCGGUUGCAGAAACUCCUCCGCGGUUAAUUUUAACAGGAUUUUCUGGAGAAGAAAUGAGCUCAGCUGUUCUCCAGGUUGAUUUUACUGACUGAUUAGCCUCGUGGUGAAUUCUCUCCUGACACCUUGCAGGUUUGAAUGGUGCCUUUUCAAAAGCAGCUAGAGUUCAGUUUUUAGCUCUUCUGCUGCUAUUCAGCUGGCUAAUUCAGUCAUAGUUUUAAUAAUGAGAUAAAGAUGUGGUAGUCUUGAUCAACAAAAUUCUCUUUUUUUGUUUAAAACUUUAAAAAUAAUUAGCUUGCAAGGAACUAAACAAGAUCCAUUCCCCUCCUGUUAUUCCCAUUCCCAGGUUUUGAUGUGAAGUGACGGACCCGAUUCCUGAAUGGCUUUGCUGUGGUUACAGUGAUCAUUAGAGUGUUGAAUUACAGUACUAAGUGCUUCCUGUGUGAUUCCCUGUGUCUUUUAACAUGCAGGAAAAAAACAAAACGACCACAGUGGGAUGUUUGGUAACGCAUCAAUGCCCUGAUGUUUGCCCUUUUUGGUUUGUUUAUUCCAGCGAGCCACUUUUCAUCAGUGACUCUUUGCCUCGUAGACAACACUUUUCCUCUGUAACAAUAGAGAGAGGUCCAGAAAUAACACGGCCAUCUGCCCAUCUGUAACUGCACAAUAAAGGGGUACUGUCAAAGGAUUUAGUUAUGCACUGAACAGACAUCAGAGGUCCAUCAGAAGCAGCUGAAUGAAAAGCUGCUGUGGAGGUUUGAUCACAUGGUUUGGGGUUAAAGCUAAUCAGCUCUUAGGGCAGACCCUGAAAAUAAACAAAAUGCAACCUGUUAUGACACUACUGUGUUUUGUAAAUGUAAUAAAACAUUGAUAUGUGUAUA